AUGCACGAUGUGGAUAGUGAUGACCACGAUGUGGAUAAUUAUAUCCACGAUGUGGCUAAUGAUAUCCUCGAUGUGAAAAUUUAUAUCCACUGUUCGGAUAAUUAUAUCCACGACGUGGAUAAUAAUAUCCACGAUGUGGAGAAUAAUAUCCACGAUGUGGAUAAAGAUAUCCACAAUGUGGAUAAUUAUAUCCAUGAUGUGGAUAGAGAUAUCCAUGAUGUGGAUACUGAUAUCCACGAUGUGAAUAAUGAUAUCCACGAUGUGGAUGAAGACAUCCACGAUGUGGACAAUGAUAUCCACGAUGUGGAUAAUGAUAUCCACGAUGUGAAUGAUGAUAUCCACAAUGUGGAAAAUAAUAUCCAUGAUGUUUAUAAUGAUAUCCACAAUGUGGAUAAAGAUAUCGACGAUGUGUAUAAAGAUAUCCACGAUUUGAAUAAUGAUAUCCACGAUGUGGAUGAAGAUAUCUACGAUGUGGAUAAUGAUAUCCACGAUGUGGAUAAUGAUAUGCACGAUAUGGAUGAUGAUAUCCACAAUGCGGAUAAUGAUAUCCGCGAUGUGGACAAUGAGAUCCAUAAUGUGGAUAAAGAUUUCCAUUAUGUGGAUAACAAUAUCCACUAUAUGGAUAAUGAUAUCCAUGAUGUGGAUAAUAAUAUCCAUGAUGUGGAUAAUGAUAUCCAAGAUGUGGAUAAUGAUAUCCAUGAUGUGUAUAACGAUAUCACCACUGUAGAUAAUGAUAUCCACGAUGUGGAUAAUGAUAUCCACGAUGUGCGUAACGAUAUCAACAAUGUGGAUAAUGAUAUCCACUAUGUGGAAAAUGAUAUCCACUGUGUGGAUAAUUAUAUCCACUAUGUGGUGGAUAAUGAUAUCCACAAUGUGGAUAAUUAUAUCCACGAUGUAGAUAAUGACAUCCACGAUGUGAAUAAUGACAUCCACGAUGUGGGUAAUGAUAUGCACGAUGUGGAUAAUGAUAUGCACGAUGUGGAAAAUGACAUCCACGAUGUGAAUGAUGAUAUGCACGAUAUGGAUAUUGAUAUCCACGAUGAGAAUAUUGGUAUAAUGAUAUUAUACCCACGAUGUGGAUAA